CUCGGUCACUGGCAACUUUCCAGCCCAAGCGUCCACGGGUCAACCGAAUCAAGCUUCUACAACCUUUUCAAGGUGAAGAAUACUGACCCAGUGCAUCAAAAUGUCCGACAUUCGUGAAGAACGGGCCCCCGUCCACCAGGGCGGUGUGGUCUCGAACGAGAAGGUCUCGACCGAAAAGACUGCUCCUAUCGUCGAUGCCCACCCCGAUGGGGCCGACUACAACGAACACGUUGAGCACGACUUCAACGUCACCGAGGAUGAUUUGCUCGAGGCCAAGGAGCUCGCCUCGCAGAUGUCCCUCGAGGAGGUCCGCGAGAUGAUGUUCAACGUCCACAAGAUCCACGAGAAGGAUCCCAACUUCCCCCUCGCCAUUAUCGAGAAGAUUGAGGACUUCCUCCACAACGACGAUGUCUUUGAGAACCCCGAGAAGCACGAAACUCUCAUUCAGGAGAUGAAGCUCGAGGCCGCACUCAUCACCGGAAACUCGCCCUACGCCGAGGUCCGCGCCGUCGUCGACAACCACGACGACCCCACCAUGCCCAGUUCGACCCUCCGCGCCUGGGUUAUCGGUCUCGUCUUCUCUGCUCUGCUCGCCUUCGUCAACCAACUCUUCUCGGUCCGCUACCCGUCCAUCACCAUUCUGGCCAACGUUGCUCAGUUGCUCGCCUACCCCCUGGGUAAGCUGUGGGAGAAGUCCCUCCCCGAUGUUGGAUUCACCGUCGCCGGCCACCGUUACUCGCUGAACCCCGGCCCGUUCAACCGCAAGGAGCACAUGCUCAUCACCAUCAUGGCCAAUGUCGCCUACAACAUCCCCUACACCAACUACAUCAUCUGGACGCAGUGGCUGCCCAAGUUCUUCAACCAGAGCUACGCUGCCAACUUUGGCUACCAGCUUCUCAUCUCCUUGUCGACCAACUUCAUCGGAUACGGUCUUGCGGGUCUCUGCAGGAGAUUCCUCGUCUACCCCUCGUACUGUGUGUGGCCGGCAUCCUUGGUCACCAUUGCCUUGAACUCUGCUUUCCACACCGACAAGAACUCCACCGUCGAUGGUCCCUUCAACAGCAUCUGGCGCUGGAGCAGACAGAAGUUCUUCUACAUCACCUUUGCCGCCAUGUUCGUCUGGUUCUGGUUCCCCAACUACCUGUUCACGGCUCUGUCCACCUUCAGCUGGAUGACCUGGAUCGCCCCCAAGAACCGCAACCUCGCGACAAUCACUGGCUUCAACAGUGGUCUUGGUCUCAACCCCUUCCCUACUUUUGACUGGAACAUCCUGUUGUACGACAACACCGACCCUCUCAUGGUCCCCUUCUUCUCCACCUUCAACAAGUUCCUUGGCACCUUCAUCUCCAUGUUCGUCGUCUUGGCUGUUUGGUACACCAACACCUACAACACCGGAUACCUGCCCAUCAACUCCAACAAGGUCUACGAUCACUUUGGCGCUCUGUACAACGUCUCGCGCGCCGUCAACGAGCACGGUCUAUUCGACAAGGAGGCGUACGAGGCGUACUCCCCCCCCUUCUUGGGCGCUGCGAAUGUCAUGAUCUACAUGUUCUUCUUCGCCAUCUACACCGCCACAAUCACAUACGCCGCUCUCUACCACCGUCACGAGAUUGCCCUUGGCUUUAAGGCUCUCAUUGGUAGCUUCAGGAAGAACAGCGACAUUGAGAAGGACCAGGUCCUUGACGUCCACAGCCGUCUGAUGAAGGCUUACCCCGAGGUCCCCGAAUGGCACUACCUCACCGUCCUCGUCAUCGCCAUUGCGUUGGGCUGUGCUGGUAUCGCUGGUUGGCCUACGUACACCACCGUCGGUGUCGUCUUCUAUGGUAUCAUCCUCUGCAUGAUCUUCGUCGUGCCGGUCGGUAUCAUCAAGGCCAUGACGGGUAUCGAGGUCACCCUGAACGUGCUUGCCGAGUUCAUCGGUGGUUCCUGGGUCGAGGGUAACGCCCUGGCCAUGAACUACUUCAAGUCUUUCGGCUACGUCACCUGCGCUCACGCCGUCUGGUUUUCCAACGACUUGAAGCUCGCCCACUACGUCAAGAUCCCCCCUCGCCACACCUUCUGGGCUCAGAUCGUCGCGACUUUCGUGUCCACCCUCGUCUGUCUCGCCGUCCUCAAGUUUCAGAUGUUCAGCAUCCCGGGUAUCUGCACCGAGGACGCCAAGUUCAAGAUGACCUGCCCUGGUAUCAACACCUUCUUCACCGCCUCUGUCCUUUGGGGUACCGUCGGUCCCAAGAAGAUUUGGGGUGCUGGCGGCCAGUACACUGCCACCCUCCUCGGCUUCCCCCUCGGUGUCGCCAUCGUUCUCUUCUUCUGGAGCUUGAACAAGUUCUUCCCUAAGUGGAAGUGGGUUCGCCAGAUCCACCCAGUUGCCAUCAUGUACGGAGGUCUCGUCUGGGCCCCCUACAACAUGUCCUUCGUCUGGCCCUCCGUCCCCAUUGCCUACUUCUCCUGGGUCUACCUCAAGAGCCGCUUCUUGGGUCUGUGGUCCAAGUACAACUUCGUUCUCUCCGCCGCUUUCUCUUGCGGUAUUGCCAUCUCCUCUAUCAUCAUGUUCUUCGGCCUUCAAUGGCAGGACAUCGAGGUCGACUGGUGGGGCAACUCAGUCGUACGUUUUUUCCCAGUUCCCAACUUGAUCUUAAAAGACCCUACUAACAUUCCUCUCCUCACAGGUCAGCCAGGGUUGCGAAGGCAAGGCUUGCCGUCUGCUUACUCUUGCAGAGGGCGAGUACUUCGGUCCCCGCAUUGGAGACUUCCACUAGAUGUGGAGGUUUCCUUCGUGCUGCACAACUAAGUUGUGCUUGUGGCUUUUUGUUUCGAAUUUCAGCGCAUGUAUGAUGUGAUGAAAAGAACGUGGGGACUAGAGACAUCGUGGACACGUACCUAGAAACGGUGUUAUAAUCAGCGGAUGUAACGAUUUGAAGGAUGA